CUCUUCGUUGGCAUCUCUCUCUCUCCCCUCAUUCCGUUUUUUCCGUUUUUCCUCUCUCUCUUUCUCUCUGAAGGCACUUUCGGCUCUUAUUCCUCCUUCCUCUCUCCCUUCGCAAGUAUUUUCCUUGCUUGUUCUACUUCCGCAUUUUUCGGGUUCAGUUGUUCUUCUUCUUUCUUGUUGCGGGAAGAAACCUCGUGGUCGGGAUCGUAGACCUCGCCUGGUUGGUCGUCGCCGGUAGUACCGUCUUCUUCUCCGCCCGGUUGGCGUCUCUCUCUCUCAGAGAACAGUUAUUGUUUGUGGCUGCAUUAGCAAGUUGCUUACUUGAUGAUUGUCUGAGUCUAUUCCUUGAUGUUGGUGGUGAUGCCUUAAUAUAAAGAAUUAUCUGGUAUGGACUUGUCCAAAGCACAUUAGAACCAUGGAGAUGACGAAUAUGGGGUCCUUUCAUUCAAUGCUGUUGAGAUUGGGCCUCGUCGGUGCUUCUGAUCAUGCUUCUAUUGUUGCAAUAAACAUAUUUGUGACACUCCUAUGCACCUGUAUCAUAAUUGGUCAUCUGCUAGAAGAGAACAGAUGGAUGAAUGAAUCUAUUACAGCCCUCGUCAGUGGGUUAUGUACUGGAGGUUUCAUUUUGCUGAGUACAGGAGGAAAAAGCUCUCGUAUCCUGGUCUUCAGUGAGGAUCUUUUCUUCAUUUAUCUUCUUCCACCUAUCAUAUUCAAUGCAGGGUUCCAGGUGAAAAAGAAGCAAUUUUUUCGUAACUUCAUAACCAUUAUGUUUUUUGGUGCAGUUGGCACACUAAUAUCCUUUGGCAUUAUUUCAGCCGGGGCAUGGUUAUUGUUCAAGAACUAUGAUGUAGCUCUGUUGGAUUUUGGAGACUAUCUUGCAAUUGGAGCAAUAUUUUCUGCAACAGAUUCUGUUUGCACUCUACAGGUCCUUAACCAGGAGGAGACCCCAUUUCUUUAUAGCCUGGUUUUUGGUGAAGGUGUAGUGAAUGACGCCACUUCAGUGGUGUUGUUUAAUGCUAUCCAGAACUUUGAUCUGAGCCAUGUCAGCUCUACUACUGCAUCGGAAUUGAUUCUCAGUUUCCUUUAUUUAUUUGUGAUGAGCACUUUCCUUGGAAUAGUUGCUGGACUUCUGAGUGCAUAUACGAUAAAAAAGCUUUAUUUUGGCAGGCAUUCCACAGAUAGAGAAGUUGCAUUAAUGAUACUGAUGGCAUAUCUGUCUUAUAUGUUAGCUGAAAUUUUUAAUCUAAGUGCCAUUCUGACAGUUUUCUUUUGUGGGAUUGUGAUGUCUCACUAUACCUGGCAUAAUGUGACAGAGAGUUCACGAGUUACCACCAAACAUGCAUUCGCUACCAUGUCGUUCAUUGCUGAGACGUUUAUCUUUCUCUAUGUUGGUAUGGAUGCAUUGGAUAUUGAGAAGUGGCGACUAGUAAGCAGCAGCCCAGGAGAAUCAAUUCGCUUGAGUUCCAUGUUGUUAGGAUUCGUUAUGGUAGGACGAGCAGCUUUUGUAUUUCCUCUUUCAUUUAUGACCAACUUAACAAAAAACUCACCAAGUGAGAAGAUCAACCUUAAGCAGCAAGUCAUUAUCUGGUGGGCUGGGCUGAUGCGGGGAGCAGUGUCAAUGGCACUUUCUUAUAAUCAGUUCACUCGAUCUGGCUAUACUCAGUUGCGGGGAAACGCAAUCAUGAUUACUUGCACUAUUACAGUAGUCCUUUUCAGCACUGUGGUAUUUGGUCUGUUGACGAAGCCAUUGAUCAGGAUUUUGCUGCCCCAUAAUCCAAGGGCAACGAGUAGUCUAUUUUCAGAGCCAUCAAGUCCAAAAUCCUUCCUCAUACCGUUCCUUGAGGAUUCACAAACUCCUGAAUCCGAUCCUCUAAAUGUUCCAAGGCCGACCAGUCUCCGGUCGCUCUUGACCAAGCCAACUCGUACAGUGCACUACUGGUGGCGCAGAUUUGAUGAUGCCUAUAUGCGCCCUAUGUUUGGCGGACGUGGCUUUGUACCUUUCGUGCCUGGCUCCCCAACAGAGCAAAGCAGCAAUGACCAUAGUGCUUAUUUCCAGUGAAAAUGUGUAAAUAUUUUUUUAUAGAUGCUUGUUUUCACGUGGCUACCUUUUGUUUGCAAUAAUCAUAGUGCUUAUUUUCAGUGAAAAUGUGUAAAUAUAAUUUUAUAGAUGCUUGAUUCCUUCGAAACAAUGGCUUCA